AAGUGACCUUGAGUCGGAUGGAUACAGAAGUGCCGGUGGCGUGCUGCAUUCUUCCUUUUCUUCCGUGGCCGCCAUCGAGUUAGGAGCGUGGUUCCUGGCGAGCCGUGAAAACUUAAAAAUAUGGCUUGUGCCCGACCGUUAGUCUCGGUCUACUCCGAGAAAGGGGAGUCAACCGGGAAAAAUGUGGUAAUGCCUGCAGUAUUUAGGGCUCCCAUCCGCCCUGACGUUGUAAACUUUGUGCACACCAACAUGCGCAAGAACAAGCGUCAGCCUUACGCGGUCAGUGAGCUGGCCGGUCACCAGACCAGUGCUGAGUCCUGGGGAACAGGAAGAGCUGUGGCUCGUAUCCCCCGUGUGCGUGGUGGUGGCACCCACCGCUCUGGCCAGGGUGCCUUCGGAAACAUGUGUCGUGGUGGUCGCAUGUUUGCCCCCACAAAGACUUGGCGCCGUUGGCACCGCAGGAUUAACGUUAACCAGAAGCGUUAUGCCAUCUGCUCUGCCUUGGCAGCCUCUGCUCUGCCCGCCCUUGUCAUGGCCAAAGGUCACCGCAUCGAGGAGAUCCCUGAGGUCCCAGUCGUCGUUGAUGAUAAAGUUGAGGGAUACAAGAAGACUAAGGAGGCAGUGCUUCUGCUGAAGAAGCUUAAGGCAUGGAACGACAUCAAGAAGGUUUAUGCCUCUCAGCGUAUGCGUGCUGGUAAGGGUAAGAUGAGGAACCGAAGGCGUAUCCAGCGCAAGGGACCAUGUAUCAUCUACAACGAAGACAAUGGUGUGACGCGAGCUUUCAGAAACAUCCCUGGUAUUACACUGCAGCGUGUGACCAGACUGGACCUGUUGAAGCUUGCUCCAGGUGGACACAUCGGUCGCUUCUGCAUUUGGACAGAGAGCGCCUUCCGCAAGCUGGAUGACCUUUACGGCACCUGGCGCAAACCUUCCUCUCUUAAAGUGGACUAUAAUUUGCCAAUGCACAAGAUGACCAACACUGAUCUGAACAGAAUCCUCAAGAGUGAGGAAGUCCAGAAGGCACUUCGUCCUGCUAAUCGCAAGAUUAAUCGUAGAGUUUUCAAAAAGAACCCUUUGAAGAACCUGAAAGUGAUGAUGAAACUCAACCCCUAUGCCAAGACAGCCCGUCGCCGUGCUAUCCUGGCACACAACCCUGAAAUCAAGGCUAAGAUGCUGAAACCCAAGAAGAAGAAGGUUGUGAAGAAGGCCAAGAAGCCCGCUGCUGCUCCAGCUCUGGCAAAACAGUAGAGCUCUUACAGACUGUGGAGUUCAGAAAUGUUUUCAAAUAAAACUGUUCACAAUUCUGCUAAA